AUGGAAGGUCACGAUCAACACCCAGAAGAUUUACAGGAACAAGUUCAAGACUCUGGGGAGCAAGUGCCACAGGAGAACGUCCAAGCAGAGCCAGAGCAAAAUAUUAAUGAAUCAAACGCUCAAGAAGAGAUUCCAGAGCAGGUAGAGCAAAUUGAAAGCGCUCAGGAUCCGGAGCCAGGAGAAGCUCCACCGAUUGAGGAACCGCUUAUCCAUCCAACAGAGCAGCCUGCAGAGCAAGUAGAACCAGGUCAACAUACAGAGCCACUGAAUUCCACCAACACUCUGGAAGUACUCGACGAAACCGAACCAGUUCGCGAUCAACAGGAAAGUCCUAAACAAAAGAAAAUUCUUCUUCCCUCCCGUGCUGACAGAUUCUUUCAAGUUUAA